UUUCAGAGAUAUGUGGAAGAGAGAUACUAGAGGGAACGUCCUGCACCAUCAAGCUGAAAACAACAAACACUGACAGACCUAAUGAGAUUAAAUGGAUCCAUCGCACUAGCGGUGACGUAAUUCACAGGAAAAAUGGGAAGAUCAGGACAAACACUCUAGAUGGAAAUAUGGAAGAUGAUGGAUCAUUAACAUUUCACAAUGUUAGUCUGAAUAACACCGGCAAAUAUAAAUACAUUUUUUAUGCUGGUGAUGGUACAGAGACCAGUGGAGAAGAGGAAAUUAAAGUUUAUGCAACGGCUCCUAAACCUACUCUGACAGUGACCAUCAACUGCAAAGAUGGGAACGCUACACUCACCUGUGACAUUAGAGACCGUACAGAUCUGACUGUCUCCUGGUAUAAAGAAGACAAUAUCAUCCAGAAUGAAAACAACCCAAAACUGCUCUUGACAUCUGCUCAAAUACAGGAGAAUAAACCGUACUCAUGCAGUGUAAGCAAUCCUGUCAGCAAUGAGCAAAGUGACAGCGUUACUGUAUCAU